AUGACUGGUGGUCGUGGUCGUAAUUGGUGUGGACAGAUUUCGAAUGAGAAAGUCCCCUACCAUGAAUGCAGUGUACAAUAUGUGAAUUUUGAAGACUUGCAGAGGCAGGUUGCGGAGUUAACCCAGCGUCUACUGGCACAAAACAUGGAGAUGUAUCGCGAUAUUGACGAUUGGAGUUCUCCACCGACUUAUGAUACAUAUGUCAAUGAUGAAGAUCUUAUAGAGAGUGAAGAUGGGGAUAUUAUCGACUGCGUUGACAUCUACAAACAACCUGCUUUUGAUCAUCCUGCUUUAAGGAACCACACUAUUCAGAUGAGACCCAGUUUUAGUUUCCCAAAUGGGUCUUCUGAUCGGCCGUCGGUGCCAUUUCAAACUUGGCAAAAGAGUGGAAGUUGUCCAGAGGGAACCAUUCCCAUUCGCAGAGUUCGAAGGGAAGAGUUAUUGAGCAGUACUGCUUCCCUUGAGCACUUCGGAAGGGAUGGCCCGCGAACUUCCCCGGCAGUCAACACAACAAGUGAGCUCUUUGUAUACCAUAACGGCUCCAAAAUCGCCAUCUAUCCUGUACCUGACCACUCGACUUCAUUUCUUAUUGCAACGGGAUAUAAUUUUGUUGGAGCUAGAGGAGACAUAAAUGUUUGGAGUCCAAGAGUUGAAUCAUCCGAUGAAUACACUACUGCUCAAAUUUGGCUGAAAAAUGGCCUCGGCGACAUUGAAACUUUAGAAGCUGGCUGGAUGGUCAACCCAAAGUUAUUUGGUGAUGCAAAACCCCGACUAUUUGGACGUUGGACCUUGGACGCGUACCGAACGACAGGCUGCAUUAACCAUAUUUGCCCUGGGUUUAUACAAACUAGCAAAAAGGUGGCAUUAGGAGCAGCUGUUCAACCUUUGUCAGUGAGUGGAGGACAGCAAUAUCAGAUGAGCAUUCGCAUUGACCACGAUCCAAGCAGCGGCAGCUGGUGGCUAGCAUAUGGUGAUGAAACAGUAGGUUAUUUUCCGGGAAGUAUCCUCAAUUAUCUGCAACGGAGUGCCACCAAAGUUCAUUGGGGAGGAGAUGUUUACAGCAAAAGGGUAAAGAAAGAAAACAGCCCCCACACAGCAACAGCCAUGGGGAGUGGGGAUUUUGCAAAUGGUCUGUGGGGAGUGGCGUCUUAUAUUGAAAAGAUUAGGAUCGUGGAUGGGUACCUUCUGCUGAAGUACCCUCAAUGGGUAUCUAAUUUCAGCGAGGAACCCAAUUGCUAUACGGCGUAUAACUACCGGAAAAAUCCUGCUGACGAGCCUAUUUUCUACUUUGGUGGGCCUGGUCGGAACCCUAAUUGUCCAUGA